CCAACUGCCGAUCUAAAUCAAAAUCCCAAAAAUUUCCAACAAAAUUAAAUUAAAAAAAGAAAAUUUCAUCUAUGAUCUUGAUCCGGUCCAAUAUUAUGUUACUAACGUUCUUGCGUGUAGGAACUAUACUGUUUCUGCUCGCAAGAAGUGUAGUAACAGAUAACAUUAAUGGUUUUAAUUUCGUGUACAAAAACUCAAAUGAUUCACAACUUUUGGGUGCUCGAGAAAUCCAACCAGAUGGCCAAGUGUUUCGAACCAACGAAACACUUGAGUCUGGUGUGGGUCACACUUUCUACUCUCGCCCAUUCCGGUUCAAAAACUCGACAACGGGCGAUGCUUACUCGUUCUCGAGUCAGUUUGUGUUUGGAAUGAUACCAAAAGACCCACAAUACGCUUUCCACGGCAUGACAUUCGCCCUUGCACCAUCCAAAGCAGUCACCGAAGCAUCCACUUCUCAACACCUAGGACUUUUUAACCGAACCAACGACGGAAACACAUUGAACCACAUCGUAGCACUUGAAUUCGACACGUUUAAGAAUCUUGAGCUAGGUGACAUCGACAGCAAUCAUAUUGGUUUAGAUAUCAAUAGUAUAGUAUCGGUUUUCGCUACAACAGCAGGGUUUUAUGACGACAAUGGGGUUUUUAACAACUUGACUAUGGCAAGUUCGAAGGAAAUUCGAGCCUGGAUCGACUACGAUGGCGUUAGAAAACGUUUAGACGUUACACUAGCACCGUUACAAAUGAUGAAAAAACCCGGAAAACCACUAGCUUCUAUACCACAAGAUUUGUCCCCUUAUUUGUUAGAAGAAAUGUAUGUUGGGUUUACUUCGGCAACAGGGGUUUUAGUACAAACAUUUUAUGUUGUUGGUUGGAGUUUUCAAAUAAAUGGUAAGGCACAAGAUAUUGAUAUCUCUAAGAUUGUCCCUUUGCCUAUCAAGAAAAAAUCAACAAAAACUAAGACACUUAUUGUAGCACUUGGGUCAUCUUUAGUUGGAAUGGUGCUUAUUUUGUUGGCUUCUAUUUUCGCUUUCGUUUUGUAUCAGAAACGAAAGCGGAAAUUUUCAGAAGUUUUAGAAGGUUGGGAGGUACAAUAUGGACCGCAUAGAUUUUCCUACAAAGAUUUGUACAAGGCAACAAAAGGGUUUAAGGAAAGCGAGUUGCUUGGAAAAGGCGGUUUUGGUCAAGUGUAUAAAGGGACUUUACCCGAAUUAGGAGUUCCAGUCGCAGUUAAAAAGAUUUGGCAUGAAUCUGGUCAAGGAAUGAAGGAAUUCGUGGCGGAGAUUGCCACGAUAGGGCGGUUAAGACACCCAAAUUUGGUUAGACUUCUUGGGUAUUGUCGAAGACAAGGUGAAUUGUUUCUUGUUUAUGAUUAUAUGCCGAAUUUGAGCUUAGAUAGCUUGCUAUUUAAUUCAAAGUCAGGUGUCAUUUUAACAUGGAAACAAAGAGUUAAGAUUAUUACAGAUGUCGCAGAAGCAUUAGCGUAUUUGCACGAAGAAUGGGUCGAGGUUAUAAUCCACAGGGAUAUUAAAGCGAGUAAUGUGUUACUAGAUGCCGAGUUGAAUGCUAAAUUAGGGGAUUUUGGGCUUGCAAGGUUUAGUAACAACGGGACCGAGGCCCAAACUACGCAUUUGGCCGGGACUUUGGGUUACAUCGCGCCCGAGCUGGCUAGAAAAGGGAAAGCCACAACCGGUACUGAUAUUUUUGCUUUUGGAGCCUUUUGUUUAGAGGUUGUUUGCGGGCGUAGGCCUGUGGAGUUGCAAGGGCGGAACGAGGCAGUGAUAUUGGUCGACUGGGUGUUGGAUUGUUGGUUUAAGGAAGAAUUGUUGAAGGCGGUUGAUCCUAAACUGAAAGGGGACUACGACAUCGAACAAUUGGAGGUGGUUUUUAAGGUUGGGUUGUUGUGUUCGCAUAGUUGUCCGUCUGUUAGGCCAAGCAUGUCACAAGUUUUGAAAUUUCUGAAAGGGGUGGAACCUUUACCAGAGGAUUUUGAUGCUGUUUUGGAGAUACGAGAGGACUACUCGGGUCGACUUGGUGAUGCGUCGUCGAGCGCCUACUUCUCGCAAAUACAAUACAAUACGGCCUCGGCGCCGAUUACCGAGGCGUUUAACUCCUCGGGCCGUUGAUCGGGUCAAAGAAGAUGUAAUAUAUAAAGAAAUGUUAAUUAUUUUAUUGAUUUGUUACAUACUUUUUGGGCAUUGCUAGUGUCAUAGGAAAAGCACAAAUUAAGCAUGUGUCAACUUGUGUGGCCUAGCCUAAUGUAUUGUAUAUAGUAAAAAUAUAAACUGCCAAAAGAGGGGUUGGGCU